AUUGAGAGAGCCCCGAAGAAGAGGAAGACGUAGUGCCAGUGGAACUGAAAGAUUCGAUUGGCGAUUGGCUGCCCCAAAGAGUUUCCUUUACACGACCAGACGACGCAGAAAUUACAACUCCGGCCACCAUGGCAGCAUUGGGACGAUUCCAUGGCUUGAGAUUGCUGAAAUCCGCGCCAGCACUCAACCUGCAGCAGGCGAAGAACCUCUCCUCUGCCGGAAGUUGGGCAAGUAACAACAAGAAGCUGAUCGGAGCUGUGGGAGCGAUUACCGGCGGAGUAGGAGCCCUCCUCUUCGCGCUGGAACAAUCCGUGCAGGCCUCCGGCGGUGAGGUGCACGCCCCCGCACAGCCCUGGUCCCACAAGGGCCUCUUCGACGCCCUGGACCACCAGAGCGUUCGUCGCGGCUACGAGGUGUACAAGCAGGUGUGCUCCGCUUGCCACUCGAUGCAAUACAUUGCCUACCGCAACCUGGUUGGUGUCAGCCACACCGAAGCCGAGGCCAAGGCUGAAGCCGAGCAGAUCACGGUCAAGGAUGGUCCCGAUGACACCGGCAACUACUACACUCGCCCCGGCAAGCUUUCGGACUACUUCCCGUCGCCUUAUCCCAACGAGGAGGCGGCCCGUGCUGCCAACAACGGUGCUUAUCCACCGGAUCUGAGCUACAUCGUGUCGGCGCGCAAGGGCGGAGAGGACUACAUCUUCUCGCUGCUCACGGGCUACCAUGAUGCUCCUGCCGGAGUGGUCCUGCGCGAGGGCCAGUACUUCAACCCGUACUUCCCGGGAGGUGCCAUUUCCAUGGCCCAGGUGUUGUACAACGAGGUCAUUGAGUACGAGGACGGCACACCGCCGACGCAGAGCCAGCUGGCCAAGGAUGUGGCCACUUUCCUGAAGUGGACCUCCGAGCCGGAGCACGAUGACCGCAAGCAGCUGUUGAUCAAGGUGAUCGGCAUCCUCGGCUUCCUGACCGUCAUCUCGUAUUACAUUAAGCGACACAAGUGGUCAUCGCUCAAGUCGCGAAAGAUCGUGUUCGUGCCCAAGGAGAAGUAGAAUGUUUGAAUUUGAUUUUGAUGGUGUGAAGAAUUGCAGUGUUAUCGCGGCUUUACCGACUAAUAAAGAUAAAUCAAUUUUAAGCAAAACCAAACACACAAAAAACAGCAUCCGCAACCACCAAGUCAAUGUUCUCUCUCCACGAAAAUAAAAACACAAGAACUAUGCAAUUUGCGAGAGCCAACGAUACGAUCCAAAUAAAACUAGCUAAAUCUAUAACACCUUGGUCAUGCCAAUACCAAACGAAGAACAGAUCGGAUUAAGAGGGGGAUAAAAGCUAAAGAAACUACCAGAGCCUAGCAAAAUAAAUGAUGGAUAAUAUAACAUUGAUUGUGUAUAGCAUGGAUAAUUCAAUUAUGUAUUUAAAAAAUAAACGAUUGACAAAUAAACGGAAAUGAUUGUUGGAAAAUCAUUUCAGAGAGACGGA